AUGUAUCAGAAGGCACAGCUCUUGCAUUGGCUUGCAUUAUCUAGCAUGCUGAGGAUGCCCUCAGAGCACGACACCAGUUACCUCCACGAGUCUUCUUCCAAGAAUACUUAAUUAAACUGGAGCUUUCCUGGCCAAGCACACAGACGUGAUGCAGAUCUGGAACUAGUCCACAGUAACGUACCCAAAGGAGCAGCCGCCCAUCGUGCUAACGUGAAGGAGGGAAGCCUAAUGAGGUAUUCGCUGCCUGCUCUCCUCAAGGAACAGGUAGUGUCAGUUUAGAAACUUACUUUGAGGAAACAGCUUGAAAGAAAAGAGGGUUUAACUCUCUGGAGAGGCACCAUAUUAUUUCUGAAGGAUGUGAAAGGAAAAGAAAACGAUUCAGUAGGGAUUUUUCUUCAUUAUCACCCCACCCAGAGAAGCGAACACACAAUGAGCAAACGUCUACACAUAUUGAUUUUAGAGCUGAGGAAGUGUGCAGCUAACAGCUUUUUAAGUAUCUCCAUUUUCAGUUACUUCAACAAAAUUACCAAUGAACAGUGUAACAAAGUGAAAGUUUUUUUCGUAGGAAAUUGCAGACUAAAAAUGAUCAUUUAGGUUGUGAAACGUUUCUUUUCAUUGAAAGUAAAGGGCUUUUAAACACAGGAGUUACCGGGGCAUUUUGCGACGUUCUCCUCACUAGACAUUUCACAAACCAUAAUCUGUCUCUCUGUCAGGAUGAUAAUUUCACACCAUUUUGUUGCUCGGAGACUUUUAAACCUAAAGAGUACCUGCUCCCGGCAUUCUGACUUGGAUCGCCACAGCCAGCCUGAGGGAAGCGCCGACACGCGCGGUAUUAAGGAAACCACCCCACCCCACCGCCCGGCUCUGCAGCACCCAGCCCAGCACGGGCAGGGGGUUCAUCAGCGGCUCCGCGGCAGCAAACCCCCGUUUACCGACAUUCACCCCCUCAGCAGCACCGUGAGGAGACCCCGGUACCUCAGGAAGGGGUGGCGGUACCGGUGCGACGCUCUCGCGAGAGCUGGGGCAGCCGUCGCCUAGCAGCCAGCCCGGCCUGCACCGCCACAGCCGCGCCAUGGAGGCCGAGGCGGGGCAGAGGCUGCGGGCGUUGCGGAUGGAGGCGGCGGAGUACUACCGGAGCCACGGAGUGCCGCAGCGGAUGGAGGACGCGCUCAACACGCUCUUCCCCCAGCGCCCCGGGGAUCUCUACGGGGAGCUGGCUAACUACUUAUCUAAAUUUUCAAAAGUUCCAGUAAUAUCCAGAUUAGUUGGAAGAAAAGUUCUUGAUGGAGUUGGUCAGCCAACACUGGAAGUGGAAACACACUGUACAGUUAGAAACUAUGAGAGGAGGAUUUGCUCUGUUGUCAUGUCUUCGCAUUUCCAAACACUUGUAAAUGCUUUACCUGAAACAAUUGAAGCUGAUGAGAAAGAAAGGAAUAACUCUGUUAAUGCUGCCGUGGAAUGGGUCAAUGAAUCACUGAGCACAAUGUUAAGAGACGUGAAGCCUACUGACCAGGGUGAAGUUGAUAAGAUGCUUGGUGAAUACUUUACAAAAAAGGUAGAGGAAAAAGAAGAAAUUCGAAAGCGAGAAGAAAAGGAAAAAGGCGAAGAAUCCCCUUCAUGCGUUCCACCAGCAACAGCACUACCUGGGGGAAAAAAAGCAGCAAAACAAGGAAAGAAGGUGUCAGUUCCAGAGAAAAUGAUCCCACCUGCAGAACCCAUUGAAUUGGUGCUUUGUGGCAGCUUAGCCAUUGGAGGAACAUCCCUUGCUAUAGCUAAGGCUGGUGCCACCAUUAACCGUGUCCCGUUGUACUUACAUAUCUCACUGCUGAAACACAAUCAGGAUUCACCUAAAGAAAUGACUCUACCACUCCCAAUGGUUACUGUAUUGAACUGUGAAAAAACUGCAAAACUGAAAUUAGUGAAAGAAGUUAUGCUUAUACCACCAGUUCAUUUAUCAUUCAAACAGGGCUUAGAAAGAGCUCUGGAUAUUCAGAAAGAAUUUAUGAGACUGUUGGAUCUGCUAAGCAAAGAGCCCAGUCCUCGAGCAGCAGACAGUAAGGAAGGAAAAGCACAAAAUACGAGGAAGAAAUCUGUGCAACAAGCCUCAAAAAGAGUAUCACACUUAGGAUGCCCAAUAACAGGAUGUGAUAAUCUAGAACAACUGCUACUCCUAAUGCAAACAGCUUGUGACAAUAGAAGCCUGCAGUUAGGAAAAGAUAUGUACUUAGCAAUAAAUUGUGCUGCUCAUGAAUUAAUGGAUUAUAGUAAAGGCAAAUAUGAAAUACUCACUGGAACAUUCAAAAGCCCUGAUGAAAUGAUUAAGAUGUAUGUGGAGCUGACUGACAAAUUCCCUUUUAUUAUUGCAUUAAUAGAUCCCUUAAGAAAAGAGGACAGGCAGCAAUGGAGUAACAUAUGCUGUGCUCUUGGUUCCAAAUGUUUCCUGAUUGCUGAAGACGCUGCCACGUAUAUUUCCAAACUUAAAAUUGACCAAAACUUAAAUGUACCAACGUGCAGUGGUGUUGUCCUAAAGUAUAUUAACCAAACUAAGGUCUCAGACCUCAUAGAACUUACUGGACUUCUAGACGGUCAAAGACAAAUUACCAUAUUAGGAAGCCCAGAUGGAGAAUCUUCUGAUGAUAGCCUUGUGGAUCUGGCUGUCGGACUGGGUGCCAGGUUCAUCAAGUUGGGAGGUCUUGCCCGCGGAGAAAGGGUGACCAAAUACAACCGCCUUCUUGCUAUAGAGGAAGAACUGGCCGAGAAUAGAACGCUACGUGAACCAACUCUUGAAUUUAUUGCUUUUCCUUAUGAAUCACAGCCAGAAGAACCUUCUGAUGAACUCGCUCCCUCCACAGCUCUCCUAGACAGCCCCACAGGUUCACAGCCUGUCUGCACAGCUCCCAGCAAGCAGCAUACUGACUGACCCAGGUUGUCAACAUUCACUUCUGGAUAAAUUCCUAAAGAAAACCCUGUUCUAGUAAGAAACUCA